GCCCUUUCCCCUGGCAGGGGCUCCUCAGGCAGCUUAGGAUGGGAAGGGUAGGCUGCAGGAUUGGGUGGACUGAGGCAGGCACGCGUGCGUGCACUGGGGGUGUCCGUGGGGGAGGGGCACUUGCAAAGGGCUUUAGGGACCAGCCUGAAGCAGCUGGUGAGCUGGGAUGAAGAUGCAACUUAAGAGAGCUGGAGACUGAGUGCAGAUAAAACAUGAGUCCCCAAGGGCCCUUAGGCAGCUGCCUCCCAGGCAAUCAGCCCGGUCUGGGAGACCCCACCCCUGCUGUGACAUCACAGGGGAGUGGGGUGGAGACACAUAAAAGGGGGUCCCCCGCCCUGGUCCUGGACUCUUGGCAGCCAGAGUGUCAAGAGCAGAGAAUCUGGACACUGGACUGGGGUUGCCUGGCUUGCAGGAGCAGGUGCCCGCUCCUUGGAGCAUCUCCGCACUGCCCCUCGGAGCCUGGGUUCCUGUGCUGAGGCCCUCCCCCUCUGCACCAAGCCAGCGCCCCUGAGCACCCUCACAGCAUGAACUGCGUCUCGGACUUCUUCACCUACGAGACCACCAAGUCGGUGGUGGUGAAGAGCUGGACCAUCGGCAUCAUCAACCGUGCGGUGCAGCUUCUCAUCAUCUCCUACUUUGUGGGUUGGGUUUUCCUCCAUGAGAAGGCAUACCAGGUGCGGGACACUGCCAUCGAGUCCUCGGUGGUGACCAAGGUGAAGGGCUUUGGACGCUAUGCCAACAGAGUCAUGGACGUGUCGGACUACGUGACCCCUCCCCAGGGCACCUCUGUCUUUGUCAUCAUCACCAAGAUGAUUGUUACAGAAAACCAGAUGCAAGGAUUCUGCCCAGAGAACGAGGAGAAAUACCGCUGUGUGUCUGACAGCCAAUGCGGGCCGGAGCGCUUCCCGGGUGGGGGCAUCCUCACUGGCCGCUGCGUGAACUACAGUGCCGAGCUCCGGACCUGUGAGAUCCAGGGCUGGUGCCCCACCGAGGUGGACACGGUGGAGAGGCCCAUCAUGAUGGAAGCGGAGAACUUCACGAUUUUCAUCAAGAACAGCAUCCGCUUCCCUCUCUUCAACUUUGAGAAGGGGAACCUGCUUCCCAACCUGACAGCCAAGGACAUGAAGACCUGUCGCUUCCACCCAGAGAAGGCUCCCUUUUGCCCCAUCCUGAGGGUCGGGGAUGUGGUCAAGUUUGCAGGGCAGGAUUUUGCCAAACUGGCCAACACGGGUGGAGUCUUGGGCAUCAAGAUCGGCUGGGUGUGUGACUUGGACAAGGCCUGGGACCAGUGCAUCCCCAAAUACUCCUUCACCCGGCUGGAUGGCGUUUCUGAGAAGAGCAGCGUCUCCCCAGGCUACAACUUCAGGUUUGCCAAGUACUACAAAAUGGAGAACGGCAGCGAGUACCGCACCCUCCUCAAGGCCUUUGGCAUCCGCUUCGAUGUGCUGGUGUAUGGGAAUGCUGGCAAGUUCAACAUCAUCCCCACCAUCAUCAGCUCCGUGGCAGCCUUUACAUCCGUGGGAGUGGGGACUGUCCUCUGUGACAUCAUCCUACUCAACUUCCUCAAGGGGGCUGACCAGUACAAAGCCAAGAAGUUCGAGGAAGUGAAUGAGACAACACUGAAGGUCACUGCCUCGGCCAACCCCAUGUACCCUAGUGACCAGACCACGGAGGAGAAGCAGUCCACGGAUUCUGGAGCUUUCUCCAUUGGCCACUAGGGCCUCUUCCCAGAGCCCCAAACACACCCAAGGGCUCCAGAUCUCCAACAGAGAACCCUUUCUGGCAAGGUGUAUGGGAGAGAAGAGGGGCUGUCAUUUCCAUUGCCCAUCCCAUGAGGUCAUUGACAGGACCAUGUGCCUGGGUCUCCCAUUGCUGCAGCGGGCAGGUGCUGCCCCCUGCUAAGACUUCAUCCUCACCUUCGCCCCUUGCCUGCC